CAGCAGUUACCGUUGAUUGAUAACAAUCCGAUUCAGAGCUUCAAACGAGUUAAUCAGUUAAUGGCAUCACCAAAGGAGACCUAAAUCGCUGCACCUUCCCUUUCCUCCGCAAAAUAUCGAAAUUUGGCGGGUUACAUUGUUUCGCGCCUUUGCAGUGUUUCCCUUUCCGUGAAUCUCUGCAACUUUACCUGCUUAACACUAACAAGUUCAAGCUCCAUAGCUUCUCUGAUAGCCGCUUCAAGUAUCCGCAGCGAAUCGUUUGUCCCGACUGGAUUCGACCUUUGCAAAUCACAUUUAAGUACUAGGUAUACCUGCGAAUACCCCUUGAUCUCACAUUCUUCAUUUUCUGCAACUUGAAGGUUGAUUUCUCGGUACUGAUCUUAAGUAACAUGCGAUGCUGGACGAAAGUAAGUUCGACGUGCAUCUUCAAUUGUGGGCACUUAGAAUUCCUUGCCAACUCUGCAAGCCUGUUCUUCGCUUACUGAAUGGGUACUUGAUUGAUAAGCCCCGUGUCAAACCCAUCACUGAAGAUCCAUCAUGCAAAAAAAGCCGCUAUUUGGUAUUAUCUGAAAGGAUUCAAAAUCCUGAUCAUGUUUUGAAGCAAAUAUUGCCCCUUGGAGUGGACGUUCCUUCAUCUUUUGAAACAAUAGGUCAUAUCACUCAUCUAAAUAUAGCUGAGGAAUUACUUCCUUACAAGGAUGUUAUUGCAAAGGUCAUCUAUGUUAAUUCUGAUAAAAAUCAGCCAAGAAUCAAAACAGUUGUUAAUAAAGUUGGAACCAUAACAAAUGAAUUCCGAGUGCCGAAAUUUGAAAUUUUAGCAGGAAAAGAGGGCAUGGUUACAGAACUGAAGCAGUAUGGGGUGACAUUCAAACCUGAUUAUGGCUUGGUCUAUUGGAACUCGAGACUGGAACAUGAACACAUACCACUGGUUUCUCAGUUUCAGGCAGGAGAGAUCAUUUGUGAUAUGUUUGCCGGAGUUGGUCCUUUUACAGUUCCUGCCGCACAAAAAGGGUGUAUAGUACAUGCUAAUGAUUUAAACCCUGAUAGUGUUCAUUAUCUAAAGAUUAAUGUGAGCAUCAACAAAGUAGAGGAUUUUGUUUUUGCCUACAAUAUGGAUGCAAGGGCAUUCAUCUCUCAAUUGCUGGCAGUUCCGGCAAGUGAGAGUGAACAGAAAUCUCAGAUUCCUAUUCUCAAAGCCUGUGAGGAAUGUAACAUACCAGCUGAUGGCGCAGAGUGUUCUGAAAAUGGAAAGCGAAUAGUUGAGAUGACAGACAUGAUGGGUAAUGAUUCAAGGGCUAAGAAAGGUAUAGGAGGAUCAUGUGCAGACAUUGAUGCUGUGGGUGCGGCUGCUAAAAGACGUGUGGAAAGUUGUGAGGAAGACAAAAAUGCGGAUAGUGACAGUGCAUCUGCUCACCAUGGGAGUAAAGAGAGCACAAACAAAAGAAUGAAAUGCUCUAGGGUAUCCAAUACUAAGACGUGGGAACAUGUGGAUCAUGUGAUUAUGAAUCUACCCACAUCUGCCAUACAGUUUCUUGAUGCUUUUAGAGGCCUUAUCCGAAGGGAAUACUGGAAGGGACCUUUGCCUUGGAUUCACUGUUAUUGCUUUAUGCGGUCAAAUGAGACAAAAGAAAUGAUUAUCUCUGAGGCAGGGUCUGCUUUGAAUGCUAGGAUACAAGACCCCAUAUUCCAUAGUGUUAGAGAUGUUGCUCCAAACAAGGCAAUGUUUUGCUUAAGUUUUCGGCUGCCAGAGGAAACCUGUUUCAAUGAAGAUGCUGAAGUUACCCUCCAGUCUUCGGAGAGGCAGCUCUAACCUCUAAAUUGAGUUGGUCUCUUUUGUAUCCCAAGCCCCUUCACCAUGUGUAUCAAUCCCAAUGUUACAUUUUAAUUUAUGUUGGUACUUAUUUCCUCCAACUUUUUUCAUGAGGCCUGGGUUUAGAGAUAUGCUGUUUGGAAGCUGAGCCGGCUGUCAGUAUGCAUGCUGGGUAAUCACCAUCUGAACUUCAUCAUUUACUUGGGGAACCCUCGAGCUGUUGUGUUUCGACUCUUCUGGGGUGCAUCUUAUUGUCACUAAAGUCUAAAGUGGUGAGGUGAGAAGUUAAAGUUCCGGGCAUAAAAGUGUUUUCAAAAUAGUUUGAAAGUGACU